ACACAGCAUAGACGAGAAAAUGGCUAAUUUACGAAGCGCUUUCCACGUUAAUAACGAAAACCAUGGUCAAGGCGUUGUUCAUUCGUCUAAAAAUGAAUCGGCUCGCAAGCAUUCGGCAAAAAAGGCUGUUUUUGGAGAGCUUAAAAAUGUUAUCCAUAAUCAGUAUAAGCCCAAAUCUUUGAACUAUGGCGAUGGAGCGACCAACAAACAACCCAUGCAAAGUUUUGUUAAAAGGACGAAAACAGAAGUUCGCCAACAAAAUGUGGCUAAGCCCAAACGUCUGGAGGUGAUUAAGGAAAGCAAAGACGAUGAAAUAGAAAUGUUGAAAUAUUUUGAUUUUGCCCCAAUUUGCUGUUCUAAGCGUCCCAAAAGUGAUCGCCAAAUUUGGGCCGAAAUGGAUAUGUUUAAUGAUUCAAUGCUUGACCAAAGCAUUUUCAAGGAUGAAGAAAUACAGGAAGUACAAGAAGUCGAAAACUUUUAUUUUGACGACUCUGGGGUCGAUAUCGAUUUUAAUGCAUCCAAGAUAUUCAAUGUUACAUUACCAACAAUUGACUCAGACGAAGAAGAUUUCUUGCCCAAGCCGCCAUUUGUAAUGCGUCCCCUGACACCAUGCGAGUUGCCUGAUUUGGGGGAUAUUUAAGGCUAAUUAUGUAUUUUUUUAUUUUGUUUGUACUCCCUUAUCCAUUUUAUUAUUAAAACCUAUAUUUUAUUUAA